GAAAUCUCACACUUGAAAAAAAGAUAACUACCUUUGUCUUCUUCUUCUUCUUCAUUCUUUCUUUUUGGCGAGUGGAAAAUGGAGAGAUACCUAAUAACGUACUCAUGUCAAUGCUCCCCUCUUCUUGCUUUCGCCGCCAAUUGCGCUUUGGUAAACGCUUCUUUUCUCCCCAUCGCUCUAUUCUCUAUAUAACCAAAUUUCUCCUAAACCCCUUCAUUGUUCAUACCUCUUUCCCCCCCUUUGAUCUUCUUCCUCGCCUCAAUCCCCUAUUUUCAGCUCUCAAAUUCUGCAAUUUCCGUUCUCAAAUCUGAGAUGCAGCUUUUCAAUCUCCCCGCCAAAACCCUGAGCUCCUCCCGCCUCAUAAAUCUCAUUCUCGUUUCCUCCUCCGCAUGCCUCGUCUACAUCUUCCUUUCGCUCUUUCUAGUCCACAGUUCCAAGCUCCAAACAAUUCUCCCCUCCUCCCUCCGGAAAUCGGCGGCCUCCCCCGCGCCGGCCCUCUCCCUCGAGCACAUCGUCUUCGGAAUCGCUUCCAGCGCCAACUCCUGGCCCAAGCGCAAAGAGUUCGUCCGCCUAUGGUGGCAGCCCAGCCGAAUGCGAGGCUGCGUCUUCCUCGAGCAUGAUCAGUCCAAGAAUCAGGGCACCGACAGUAGUAAUAACAAGCUUAACGGUACCGAUCACAGUAAUGAUGACGAAACUCCUCCGGUGUGCAUCUCCGAGGACACUUCGCGGUUCCGGUACACCUACAAGAACGGUCUCCGGUCGGCGAUUCGAGUGGCGCACGUCGUGUCGGAGACCGUCGCGCUGAACCACUCCGACGUGCGGUGGUUCGUCUUCGGCGACGACGACACCGUGUUCUUCCCGGAGAAUUUGGUGAAGACGCUGUCGAAGUACGAUCACGAGCUGUGGUACUAUAUCGGAACGGGAUCGGAGAUUUACGAGCAGAACCGGCUGUUCUCGUUCGAGAUGGCGUUCGGAGGAGCCGGAUUCGCCAUCAGCUAUCCGCUCGCGAAGGUUCUGGCGAAGGUUUUCGAUUCAUGCUUGGAGCGCUAUCCGCACCUGUACGGCAGCGACGGCCGGAUCUACUCCUGCCUGGCGGAGCUGGGCGUCGGUUUAACCCGCGAACCGGGUUUUCAUCAGAUGGACCUUCAAGGAGACGUGUUCGGAUUAUUGGCAGCGCAUCCCCCGAGACCCCUCGUCUCUCUCCAUCACCUUGACCAACUGGAACCCAUCUUCCCCAACAUGACCUUCACCGCCGCCCUCCGCCACCUCUUCACUGCCUCCGCUGCCGACCCCCACCGCCUCCUCCACCACUCCGUCUGCUACGACCGUUGGUUCCUCUGGACCAUCUCCCUCUCCUGGGGCUACGCCCUCGAGGUCUACCAGGGCCACCUCUUCCUCCCCGACCUCCUCCCCCCUCUCCACACCUUCCGCCAGUGGAAGCGCGGCACUCUCCUCGCCCGCACCUACACCUUCAACACCCGCGAACCCCACCCCGACCCCUGCCGUCGUCCCUCCGUCUUCUUCCUCCACUCCGUCUCCACCCCCGACAACGGAUCCAUCGCCACCACCUAUAGGAGACUCGUUGCCGGUAACUGCUCCUUCGACGCUGCCUCCCCCCGGAAGCUCGACGAGAUCAGAGUCUUCUCCCACAAACUACACCUUGACGUCAAGCAGUUGCAGGCUCCGAGGAGGCACUGCUGCGAGGUGUUGCCAUCGUCGGCCGGGAAAGUGAUGGAAAUCGCCGUUAGAGAGUGCGGGGAAGAAGAGUUAAUCCGCAUGCAUCCCUAGACUACUCUCGAAGGCAUAUAUAUAUAUAUCCUAACAGCCGUCGAUUGGUCAACUCUCCACUGCGAUCAGACGGGAAGAGGGCCCCUCAAGUGAAUAAUUGAUUCCCUUGGGAAAUGCGGAUGCAAAUUUGCAAAUGCGCGAGCAUCUUUCUAGGAUGGGUUCGGCCCAAUAAGCCCAAGCCCACAACAAGGCCCAACACUUGAAGCCCAACUCUCGUCUUUACCCUUUUAACAAAUCACCUAAUUUAUAUCACAGAGAAGAAGAAGGGGGGAAAAAAAAGGAAGAGCUUAGGGUUUUCUCUGUUCUUUUGUUCUUUUGUUUUUGAUAUUUUAUAACAUGCGAGACACUUGUAAAUUGCCCAAACAAAUUCAAUUUCCUCUUCUUCUUCUU